AUGGACUGGGCUAAAAACGAAGAUGAUCUCAGGUAAUGUUUCAAGCUUUUCUUAGCUAUUUUCAAACUUUUCCAGGCGCCACCAAUUCUUGGAAAAGUUUGAGAAUUGCUUAGAAAAGUUUAAGAAUUUCUGGAAAAAUGCUAUUAUUGCGAUUCUUACUGAAGUUCCUAAAAAAAGUCGAAAAAUCCGAAAGAACCUCUUAAUGUUUCUAGAUUCUGCGUGUUUCUGAGAGCGAGAAUAGUGACGACGGAAGCGUUCGAUUUGGACACCAAAAUAGCCAUUUUGAGUGUCACCGAUUCGUUGACCGACAAGAAGUUUCUGAAAUAUCUGCAAAAGUAUGUGGAAUUGAAAAUGAACGAGGACGGGCGGGUUGUUCGGUAUUCGGAGAAGGAGCGAUUGGAGGAAAAUGAGGAUGAAGAGGAAGAACCGAAAAGAAAGAUCCAGAAACUUGAAGACAAAUCCGACCCGAUUCUGAAUUUCAAUCCGGAUGACACAUCCCUUGAACUCACCUGUUGA